AUAGGGUCCCCCGUGCAUCUCCAAUGCCCGCUCAGCGUCUGGAGCGCCGCGCAAACAGACAAGACGCAAACAAACGAAUUGCUCUUGCACUUCGUGGAGAAAGCUUCCGGUCUGGUUCUUCAAACUCAGGUUUCCAUCUAAACGAGGGUGCGUACACGUGCAGUGACCACGCAUAUAAGGUGCAAUUUGGUAUUUGGAAGUCGCACAAGAUAAAUGUAAUUGACAUUCUGGAGAGAGAAGGUUAUGCAGUUAUGCAAUUGAUACUUACAUAUUCACCAAGCCGUGCUACAAUGGCACAAUCUAUCAUCAAGACUUGAUACGGUGGUACAAGCCCAAGCGCUUCAUAUUACUUAACAACACAACUUUUGCGCACAAGAAGCGCCGUGGAAUUUACGACCCCACGUUCAAAGGAGAAUUCUGGCAGUCUGCUUUUGCAGAGCACCUCCAGGAAAACAUUAACAAUUCGGAAUAUGAGUCCAUAUUCAUGGUCCGACUGGAUCAGAUGUUUGUUGACACGCCCAUCACAUAUAUGGUGAUGGUAAAUAGUGGCGAAAACGGGUUUCACUUACCGCAGCAAUGUGAAAUAUAUUUCUCAGAAAACCUGCAGUGGUUUCACUCCCUGGAUGAUGCCAAGGUUCGUCGUCAGAUUCGCGAGGGCUGUGUGUCGCACGGGUUUGGGGACUGUGAGAAUUUUGGCCUGCACGUCCUGCGGCUCGAGCUUAACAACGUGCAGGCUUAUUACGACGGCUCCGCACUGUAUUGGAAGUGCCACAUGCAAGGCGCGAUUAGUAGCACUGAAUGGCAGUACUUCAGCGACAGAGGGUUUGACGGCUCGCUUGCGCGCCUUUGGAUUACCAGGUCAUUUGGUACAAGCUGCUGUAACGCUUCCUCAACGGUGCUGUCUUUUGGAAAGUUCACUGCUUGAGCAUUGCGAACACACAUAAGUCGGUUUGCCUUUCGCGCCCGGGCGUAUACAUAUAACGGCGCAUCCGGGCUCAGGCCCCAGGGGCCGCGACCUCUACCGCAAGUGUGUGUGUGUGUGUGUGUGUGUCUGUGUGUGUCAGGUACCGCUCGAGGCCGUGGGCCCACGGUGGCUCGGUCCCGCUUUUGAACACCUCGGGGGGGGAUUGCCCCCGCUAGCUCGGCUUGCGGC